CCUGGAUAUGUAUGCCUCCCUUCCUUGAUCUCUUGGCGCUUUCCCCUCCUCGCAUUCAUAUUUUAUUCUCCCUUCCCGAUUCCCUACUCCCUACUGCGACUGCGGUCCUCACAUUGUCCGCUCUCGCUCGUUGCGAGGAGAGGCGUGGCUUGAUGAUCAGGAGCUAGCUAGCAGGCUUUCUUGAUCUCGGAGACAUGGAUCCUGAAUUUGGCGUAGGGAUGGCGCCCCGAAAGAGGGAGCCAUGGCGGACGACGCUGCUGCUGGCGUACCAGAGCCUGGGGGUGGUGUACGGCGACCUGAGCAUCUCCCCGCUGUACGUGUACAAGAGCACCUUCGCCGAGGACAUCAAGCACUCCGAGACCAACGAGGAGAUCUUCGGCGCCCUCUCCUUCGUCUUCUGGACGCUCACCCUCAUCCCCCUCCUCAAGUACGUCUCCAUCGUCCUGCGCGCCGACGACAACGGCGAGGGAGGCACCUUCGCACUGUACUCUCUGAUCUGCCGGCACGCCAAUGUGAGCCUCCUCCCCAACAGGCAGGUUGCCGACGAGGAGCUCUCCACCUACAAGCUGGAGUGCCCACCUGAAGUCUCCGAGAAGUCACGAAUCAAGGUGUGGCUGGAGAAGCAUAAGAAGCUGCACACCGCACUGCUGGUCAUGGUGAUGAUCGGCACCUGCAUGGUGAUUGGGGACGGCGUCCUCACACCGGCGCUAUCUGUGUUCUCAGCUGUUUCAGGGCUUGAGCUCUCCUUGUCCAAAGAUCAGCAUGAGUACGCCGUAAUCCCGAUAACCUGCUCCAUAUUAGUAUUCCUGUUUGCUCUCCAGCAUUAUGGCACCCACCGUGUCGGAUUUCUCUUCGCUCCGAUAAUUCUGUCCUGGCUACUCUGCAUGAGCGCAAUCGGCCUGUAUAACAUCAUCCACUGGAACCCUCAAGUUUACCAGGCCCUAAAUCCCUAUUACAUGCUCAAAUUCCUGAAGAAGACCAGGAAGUCUGGCUGGAUGUCCCUGGGAGGAAUUUUGCUAUGCAUGACAGGGUCUGAAGCAAUGUUUGCAGAUCUGGGCCAUUUCUCCUACAGUUCAAUCCAGCUUGCUUUCACUUCUCUAGUGUACCCUUCACUGAUUCUGGGAUACAUGGGUCAAGCUGCUUAUUUGUCCAAACACCAUAACCUUGACGCAAGCUACCAAAUAGGAUUCUACAUCGCAGUUCCAGAGAGUGUCAGGUGGCCUGUGCUUGUGCUGGCGAUUCUGGCGUCGGUUGUCGGAAGCCAAGCAAUCAUCAGUGGAACGUUCUCCAUUAUCAACCAGAGCCAGUCCCUAAGUUGCUUCCCCAGGGUGAAAGUUGUGCACACGUCUGACAAAAUUCAUGGACAGAUAUACAUCCCUGAGGUGAACUGGAUGCUCAUGAUCCUCUGUAUUGCUGUGACUGUCGGUUUUCGCAAUACAAAGCGCAUGGGAAAUGCAUCUGGCUUGGCGGUAAUCACGGUGAUGCUGGUGACGACAUGCCUCAUGUCCCUGGUGAUCAUGCUGUGCUGGCACCGGUCGCCGGCGUGGGCCCUGGUGUUCCUCCUCCUCUUCGGCUCGAUCGAGGCACUCUACUUCUCGGCGUCGCUGAUCAAGUUCCUGGAGGGUGCGUGGCUGCCGAUCCUGCUGGCGCUCAUCCUGCUGGCCGUCAUGUUCGUGUGGCAUCACACGACGAUCAAGAAGUACGAGUUCGACCUGCACAACAAGGUGACCCUGGAGUGGCUGCUCGCCCUUGGCGACAAGCUCGGCAUGGUGCGCGUCCCGGGCAUUGGCCUCGUCUACACGGACCUGACCUCUGGCGUCCCGGCCAACUUCUGCCGCUUCGUGACCAACCUCCCGGCGUUCCACCGGGUGCUCGUCUUCGUCUGCGUCAAGUCCGUGCCGGUGCCGCACGUUCUCCCCGCCGAGCGCUACCUCGUUGGUCGCGUCGGCCCGCCGGGCCAUCGGUCCUACCGGUGCAUCGUGCGGUACGGCUACCGCGACGUGCACCAGGACGUGGACUCCUUUGAGACGGAGCUCGUCGAGAGCCUCGUUACCUUCAUCAAGCUCGACGCGCUGUUCCGGUGCAGCGACGCCGAGCGCCGGGACAGCAGCUACGAGCGAGAGAACGCGCUCACGGUCAUCGGGAGCAACCCGCUGCGACGCCACCUCGACUACGACGACUCCCACGAAGGCGCGUCGUCCGUCGAGAUGAGCGCGGGCAUAUACAGCCCGAACGGCAUAGAGCUCGCCGCGUCGGCGCAGGGGCCGGCGAUCAAGAAGCAGGUGAGAUUCGCGGCAGCGAGCCCCCGCGUGGACGAGCGCGUGCUGGAGGAGCUGCACGAGCUGUGCGAGGCGCGGGAGGCCGGCACGGCGUUCAUACUGGGUCACUCGCACGUACAGACGAAGCCCGAGUCGUCACUGCUGAAGAAGCUCGCCGUCGGCGUCGGGUACAACUUCCUGCGGCGGAACUGCCGCGGCCCUGACGUGGCGCUGCGCGUGCCGCCGGCUUCCCUGCUCGAGGUCGGCAUGGUCUACGUGCUAUGAGGACGCGGUGGCGCGCGGUAUUUACGGCUUGAAACUAUGGAUCUCUCUGCCUGUGUGCAGUACGCAGAUGUUAAUAUGCUGAUGUAAAUUGUAAUGUGAUGCAAUGCAACGAUGCCCUGACAUUUCUCGAUGGCACCAUAUAUGCAACAAGAUGAUUCAUCCA